UUGGUGAAACUCUUAACCCCGGACGACUUGAAGCCCAGUCCCGACGAAUACAUCCACAGCGAUUACGAGGACGGCUCUCAAGGAAGCGACCAGCGGAUGUGCCCUCCACCGUCGCUGGUUCCCGCCGACAGAAAAAGCGGGUUCAUCACAGUCGGAUAUCGCGGGUCUUGUACGAUGGGCAGGGAGAGUCAAACCGAUGCCAAAUUCCGGAGGGUGCCGCGGAUUAUGAUUUGUGGGAGGAUUGCGCUGGCCAAAGAAGUUUUUGGCGAGACCUUGAACGAGAGCAGGGACCCAGACAGGACCCCUGACAGGUACACGUCCCGCUUUUACCUCAAGUUCAAGCACCUGGAGCGCUCUUUCGACAUGCUCUCGGAGUGCGGCUUCCAGAUGGUCGCGUGUAACUCGUCAGUGACGGCCUCGUUCGUCAACCAGCACACUGACGACAAG